AAAAAGAUGAUAUUUUUGGAAAUAAUUUUGAUUCCAUUUAUGAUUAUUUUGCUUUUGCACUUACGCAUUUGCAAUAUUGCAGUAUUUUGAACUUUAAAAAUAUGAAUUGUUUCUGAUAUUUCACUUAACAUUGACUUUUUUACUAUUUUUGUUUUGAACCAUGGCUCUCAUCCAUUAACCCUUUGUUAGAUUAAACUUUUGUUAGAUUAAAAAGUGCAUACAAUGCUAUUACUGGGACUAGUAGAGGUUGUGAAUAAUACAUGUUUUGGUUUUAAGAAACGCUUUCAUUUCAAACAUAUCGACACAUGUAGAUGCAUUUUCAAUUUUAUACCUCACAGAUUAUUGAUAUAUUGUGGUUGAUACCUUCGAUUGUAUUAUAUUUUCACAAAGUCUGUCGCUUGAUUGACGACAUUGACUAACACAGAUUUAUAUCCAAUAUUACAUUGUCAUUUAGCUAGGCCAAAAUAUGCUUGGUGCAUCCACUUAAAAUUAUAUACAAUGCUGUGGAAACAUUCAUAUUGUAAAACAGCUCAUCCACAAAAUAAUAUAAUUUUAUUGUGUCUCCUUGACUACUUUAGCAUUCUGAGGAGGAGCCAUUAUGCGGUUUCCUUAUGAAACAAUGCAAAAGUUUGUAAGUUGGCAUUUUUGAUUGAGGUCAUCUUUAUAACAAUGCCGUUUUUAUGCUUUGUUGGGCACUAUGUGAAAUAAAUUUUUAACAAGACUGCAUGGGGAAGAAUUCAUUUAGUGCUUCUGUUUUUUCUGUUUUGUUAAGUAUGCUAUGGAGAAUUUAUUUUCCUCCUAUCACCAGACAAUUUAGUCUAAACUGUCAAUGUGAAUAAAUAUAGGAGCAGUCGUAGAAAUUGAUAUAUAUUUAUGUCAUCGAAAAAGGGGUUUUGCAUAUUUGCUUUUAAAUUAAUAAUAGAAUAAAGUAAAGCAUAUCAGAGACAAUUUUCCAACACAUUCCUACGUUAGCUAAUAAGUUGUAUCAUUUGUAAAUGGUGAUUCAAAUUGAGAAAAAUAAACAUAUUGGUAUAUUUUAAUAAAAUAUGUAGAAAAUCGUAUAUAUACCUUAUAUUAAUCACAAUGUUGUUGGCUGCAUAACUGAAAUAGAAAAUCCUUGUAGUAGAAAUUUCAUGAAUAUUUAUUUACAGCAAACUUUAAUUUAAAAAAAUAAAAAGUAUGAUAUGGCUGUUUAGAUUUGAUAUAAGGAAAGAAUUGUUUAUUUUCAUCGUUUAUUUUUUUUAUUUGUAUGAUUGAAAAAGGGUUUAAUAUCUUGUAUAAAUAUUCGUGUACUUAUCUUCAAAUAUAGCUAUAUAGAGUCUGUAAGAUUUAGCAAUAUAUUGGCUGCAUUUUCCAAUCUAUAAUAUGGAUGUUCUACAACCACCAGUGGAACCUGAGGUGAAAAAUAUCAUUGACAAAUUGGCAAACUUUGUUGCAAGAAAUGGAGCAGAAUUUGAGAAGAUGACAAAAGAAAAACAAAAAGGGAACCCAAAAUUUUCAUUUUUAUUUGGAGGGGAACAUUAUAAUUACUACCAAUACAAACUAUCAACAGAACAACAAAUUCAAAAUCAGCAAAAAGCAAAAUUGAAUGCGCAAGUAGUUGCACAAGAAGCAAUGGUACAGCAUUCAUUGCAGAAUGCACCUUGGCAACGAAAUCCUCAACAACAGCAAAGUCAGCAACAAGCAAUUCCACCUCUGAUGCCACAAUUCCCAAGAUUUCCCCCUAAUAUGAGAAUGCCAAUGUCGAAUGCUCCGCCAUGGCAGCCACAGUCCCAAAGAUUCAUGCCACCGAAUUCAGGACCAAACAUGCAUCAGCCGCCACCUCCGUUCCCAGGCCCCGGCAAUAACCAGACAGUACCAAACAUGCCGAUGCCUCCUAAUCAGCAAAUGGGUGGACAACCACCACCACAAAAUUUCAAUAUGCCGUAUCGACAACCACCACAGAACAUGCCACCCAGGACAUCAAGGUUUAGUCAGUUACCACCAGAGCAGUCUCAAACUUUACCAAGUCAAAAUCAGGAACCUGAAGACAAAAAAGCAUCAGACUUGAGUCAAGGCAAAGGCGAAGAAGGCCAAGAAAAUGAAGAAUAUCAAAUUGUUCAAGCUGAAAACGAAGCCAAAAUAAAAAUUGAGAAAAGCAGCAGUAACUUAAAACAACAAUAUGAGGUUUUGAUGCACCAACAACAAGAAAAAAUUGAUGCUGCAAUAGCUCAGACCGAAGAAGAAAAAUUAAGAAAUCUCGCUUCGAGUACAGGAAUUAUAACUUCUGAUUUCGAUGUUGUUUUGCAACCCAUUAUCAACACUUGCACCAAGGACUCAAUUUCAGCUGGAAAAUCUUGGAUUCUCAGUAAUAGCAAAAGUGCACAACAUUGUGAAGUGAUAGGUCGACAUUUGCUAAAAAGAAUCUUAGAAGCUGAGAAGAUGGCUGAUAAUGAGACUGUGAAUGGAAAGUCUAAAUUUGACACCCAAUUACAUAUUGUAUAUCUUGUCAAUGAUGUCUUGCACCAUGCAUCAAGAAAACAUAUAGGCGAUCUCUCUUCUGCACUUCAGUCUGUGAUUUUGCCCAUUUUUUGUAUGGCAAAUGCAAAUGCCCCGGAAGCCAGAAGAGAGCGUUUGACCAAGUUAUUAGGACUGUGGCAAAAAUUUAAAUACUUCAAUGAAGAUAUUUUAGAAAAAUUGAAAGAUCCACCGACUGCUCUAUCAGAAUAUCAGGCCAACCUGAUAAUUGAACAUGCAGCUGCAGUUCAGCAAGUGCAAACUGAUAUUCAAAACCAAUACAAUCAGUAUGAAGAACAACACAAACAAUACGCAUCUCAUAUUGAAAGUCAAAUAAAGGAAAGAAGAGAUGCUUUUGAAAAGAGAAAAGAGGACGAAAAAAGGGCUAAAGAUGAAGAAAGAAAUGCACAAUCUCAAGAUUACGAUCAGAAUCAAUAUAAAGAUAACGCACCACCAUGGGCAAGUGGUAUGGAUGACUAUGACAACAAUACACCGAUGCAGUUUGAAUAUGGCCACGGGGCAAACAACCAAACACCUCAAGUGAUCGAUUACAGCCACUCACGAAACCCCUCAGAAUGGCAAGAGGAAGAAUUUGGGCCAAGGCUGCCAUGGGGUGGAGGGCAAGGUCCAAGAAUGGGUGGCCCUUGGCAGGAUGGAUCACCCUGGGCUGGUGGUGGUCCUCGACCAAGGGGGCCAAGGGCGCCACCUCCACAAAUGAACCCAAAUGACCCAUCUCUUAUACCAAGUGUACCGUACUAUGAUCUACCAUCUGGACUGAUGUGCCCACUUGUUAAAUUAGAAGACAUGGAUUAUAAAUCCCUCGAUCCAGCAAUGAUAAGGUUGCCACCUCCCGUUCCUCCAUCUGAAAGAUUACUAGCUGCUGUAGAAGCUUUUUAUGGACCACCGUCCCAUGAAAGACCACGAAAUGUUGAUGGUUGGGAACGCAAUGGCUUGUUUGAAUUCUACCGUGCUAAAGUUCGAGCCAAGCAACGAAAAGAUGGAAAUUUAUCCCGGUCAAAGUCAAAAUCUCGUUCAAGAUCACGCGAGCGUUCUCUCUCAAGAUCAAGAUCACGUGGACGUUCCUACUCUCGUUCAUCAAGUUCCGGAUCUAGAUCUCGUUCACGGUCAUCGCGAUCCAGAAGUCGUUCACGAUCCCCAAAGAAUCGCUCUUUAUCUCCCAGCAGAAGACGUAAGUCAGGUUCGAGAUCUCUUUCUCCCGAAAACAGGAGGUCACGAUCUCCAGAUAGGCAAAGGUCACGUUCACCUAUUGCUGACAGGGAUCUUACACCUCCGUCUAUGGGAGGAAAUGUUUAUGCUCAAGCUCUCAGCAUGGAAGGAAAACUGGGCGAAGAAAACAGAGGUGCACAAAUGCUAAAACGAAUGGGUUGGGGUGGUGCAGGUCUAGGUGCUAAAGAGCAAGGGAGAGAGGAUCCAAUAUCAGCUGGAGAAAUUCGUGACAAAUAUGAUCAGUUCAAAGGACUAGGAAUGCCAACGGAUGACCCUUAUGAAAGUUUUCGAAAAUCAAAAAGUCAGGGCUUCAUUACAAGAAUAAAGGCUCGUGAUAAAGAAAGGGGUACACCCAGAAGAAGCAGACGCGACGAAGAGCCGAAGUGAUCCAAAUGAAAAAGAACACGAGCCCUGCCCUGAUACAGCCAGUUUUCCAUAAAACAACGUGCAGUGCCUGAGAGAAGUGUGGAUUCCAGCAUCUGCACAUACGUAUUGAAGAAGUCCAGACAGACUUUUUUUUUAAUUACCGCUGUUACCCUUGUAUCACUAUCACGGCAAAAUCUGAACUGGAUAUGCUGGUCCUAAAGCGGGUCUGAUUAAUUGCUUUCAUAUUACAUUACGCUCUUUGAGUGGUUCUACAUAUUAAACUCUGAGCAUAAAAUGCUUCAUCUGUUUUGUUUCCCUUUAAACUCGCUAUUACAGAAUCAUAUGAUUCACCAUU